CGAAUGCGAGUUAACAUGGAGCCCUUCAAAAUCAAAUCAAAUCUCUUUGAGUCAUGUCAUCAGUCACUGGGUGUGAGAAAGAGAGAGGAGGACGUCGGCAACAACUUAGACACAAGGAACUCUCACCAUUCAGCUGCGCAGUACAGAGGUUCAUACGGCUGGAUUUUUACCUCGUCUCCUGUCGGCUCCCUCAGUCACCGUUCUGCCAUGCCACGGUCGUUCCUUGUCAAGAGCAAAAGGACUCAUCCACCAGGUCCAUGCAAGGGCUCCUUUAGAAAGCGCUCCUGGCCCCAGGGGGACACCGACCAGCCUAAGGAGCAUCCAGUGGGGCAAGGCAGGAGGUACCCUGAAGAUGCCGUGCAGCCUUUGUCCCCGGCCGUCGGGGUCAAGGACCUUCUGGAUAAAGCCUGCUCACCAUGGGAUCCUUGGCGUUCAGCCCCUGGGGGGAACAGAGACGCUGCCCUGCCAGCCUCACCCUGGUCGUCGAGCAGACACCAGGCCUCCGAGCGCGAGAGAGAACUGGAGAGGCUGGUCUUCAUGUUACUCAACCACACGUCACACACCGACCUCAAAUCCCCCGUCAGCGAGUGUCCGCUCUGUGAGAAGUCUCUUUCAGACGUGCUACUAUCAGGAGGUGGCCUGCAGGCUCAUGUUCGAGACAGCCUCUCCGCCCCGUUGAUGAGAUCGCCCUCAGCCACAGACAUGCCACACAUGCCCUUCGGCUUCAGAGCAAUAGGCAGCUAUGCCAGAGGGAAGGAGCGGAGCUUUGGCUGCAAGGUGUGUGGAAAGGUGUUCAAGCGCUCAUCCACCCUGUCCACGCACCUCCUCAUCCACUCAGACACGCGGCCCUACCCCUGCCAGUACUGCGGCAAGCGGUUCCACCAGAAGUCAGACAUGAAGAAACACACCUUCAUACACACAGGUGAGAAACCACACGUGUGCAAGGUGUGCGGCAAAGGAUUCAGCCAGAGCUCCAACCUCAUCACCCACACCCGAAAGCACAGCAGCUACAGGCCCUUCAGCUGCCCCUGCUGUCAGCGCAGCUUCCAGCGCAGGGUUGACCUACAGCGCCACCAAGAGACGCAGUGUGGCUAUGGAGACAUGUACACUCAGAGCUGAGUGCAUGGAGCAAUGGAGUGACGCCUGAAGUGGCAGUUGUAAAUAACUUUCAAUCAUUUGUACCUCUGAAAGUCAGAUGAAUAUUGAAAUGUUAAGUUAAAUAUCAAUAAAAAUUCAUUUCAUU